CUGAUGUCUGUUAGAGCACUAAAGUCUCCAAUAAAUGGCGCGGUAUGGUCAUUGCAGUUUUCUAGUGUUCGUGAGUAGCCGUCUUUAUCAAUCUGAAAUUUAUAAAGGACAUAGGAAGGUCUUAUGGUCUUAUGAUAAAUACUUUUCCCGACAGAUGAGAAGGAAAAGUCUAAAGUAGGAAAGUAAAUUGGAAAGAAAAGCGCAGAAGGACAUUUGUUUAUCAAGUAAAUAGAAAUGGCGUAGUUUAUAUCACACAGGAGGUAAACUCGUAGAGGAUGGACGAACAUGAUCUGACCCACCGCCGAUAAGAAUAUUUUUUCUAUUAUUCGAUCAAUAAAAAAUAUCUAUCAUCUUAAAAUAAAAAAUUCUUUGUGGAGGUAAAACUGUACAAAAAGCCUUCAAGAUCAAUUAUAUUUUCAUCAACAUCUGCGUUAGUGCGCGUACGAUAUCAUUCAGUGUCGUUGUCGUCGGUACGACUUUACUAACGUUUUGUUCAAUAUCACGAUAGUUCUUAUUACGAUCACGAUAUUGAGCAGCAGAAGUAGAAUCAACACCAAAGUUUACAACACAGAAGUGGCGGCAACGUUAUUUUAUUGCCUACGGGUAUCAUCACAACAUUUUGAAUGGUUACCUAACUGCAAUGUUUAUCUCAGUGACUUUUAGACUGUGAUGGCGAGUGUUUGUCUCAGGUUAUGCCUUUGACAUCGAUCAACGAAAUUUAGAGUAAUAUAUUUGCUUUGAGGUCAUAGAAUAUCCGUGAAAAUGCCUUCCGAAAAUGGGCAUCAAACGGAGAAAAAGGAAGUGGAAAGUAAUGAUUAUAAUCCGUUUGAGCACCGCAAAAUCGAAAAGCCGAAUUCGGAUAUAAGGGCAGCUGCAAAUAUAAUUAAAUCCUCCUUAGGGUCAGGAUUACUGGCUGGACCAUUAGCAUUUUCUAAUUCAGGAUGGGCCGUCGGGAUUGUAGGCACAGUCAUUAUUGGAUUAAUAUGUGGCCAUUGCAUUCACAUACUGGUAACAACAUCAAGAGGGUGUUGCAAAGUAGAAAAAAAGCCUUCCAUGGAUUACGCCGAGACAGCUAAAUCGGUUUUCAUGAAUGGACCGAAGUUUGUUCGACCUUUGGCUACUGCUGCUAGUAUAUUUACGGAAUUUGCACUAGUGUGUACCUACGUCGGCGUGUGCUGUAUUUACACAGUACUUAUAUCAGAUUCGGUUAAACAGCUGGUGGACCGAUAUGCACCGUCAGUGAUAUGGCCAGUGGAAUAUUACUGUUUAAUAUUCAUGGUACCACUCUGUUUACUAUGCCAGAUCAAAUAUUUAAAAUUUCUAGCAAUUUUUUCAAUGAUAGCCAACAUACUCCUCAUGGCGACAUAUUUAAUAUGCUUAUAUUACACGUUUGGAAAUCAUAUAAAUUUCGCCGAUAGAAAAAUUGCUGGCGAUCCCGCUAGAUAUCCUGCGUUUAUCUCCACAGUAAUAUUUGCAAUGGAAGGCAUAGGAGUCGUAAUGCCCGUGGAGAAUGCGAUGAAGAAGCCGAAGCAUCUACUGGGCUUCCCCAGCGUACUGUUUUUCUCCAUGGCCAUCAUUGUGUUCCUCUACGGCACCCUGGGUUUGUUCGGCUACUUGCAAUAUGGAGACGUGUUGAGAGGGUCUAUCACCUUGAACUUGCCUAUGGACGACUGGCCAGCAAUAUGUGCCAAGGUUUUCAUAGCCUCGUCGAUAUUCUUCACAUACCCACUACAAUUCUUCAUCGUCAUGGACAUCUUCACCAAGUAUACUGACCCUCACAUCAAUGAGAAAUAUAAAACGGUGACAUAUGCUGCAGCCAGGACCAUUGGGGUUUGUUGUUGUGUUGGCAUAGGAGUGGCCUUGCCGCUUCUCGAGCAAAUUAUAAACCUGGUCGGAGCAGUAUUCUAUGCCAUCCUGGGUUUCAUCAUACCAUCUGUUCUGGAGACGAUCUUCAGGGGGAGCAACCACACGUUGGGGAGAUUCCACUGGGUUUUCUGGAAGAACCUCCUCCUCUUCAUAUUCGGACUCACGACUCUGAUAUCUGGAUGCACUGUCACCAUUUCGGAUAUUGUUAAGAUUAUAACCAGUAAAACUGAAUGAUAUUUAAUAAGAUAGGUUUCCAUUAGUUUACUUACAUCUAUUUAUUUCACUCCUACAAGUUUCAUUUAUAAAUUGUUUGGCACAUUUAGGUGGAAGUAGAUGACUAAUUCCACCUAAGAAUAGAAUUCUGAAUCUUCUAUACAGAAUUCCUAAGAAUAUAACAACUAAAGUGAAAUUACAAGGCCAGGCAUAGAACUCAUGUAAUAUAAAGGUACAUGUUUUACAAGUAUGCGAGUUGAAAGAAUCAAGUUUAAUUACAGGAUCAUUAGUUUAUGUUAAUAAACAUUUUGUAAUGUUCAAUUAAAUAGUAAGUACGUACAUAAAUGUUUACAAUUUAAUCCAUUUCAAGUGUUUAAUUUAUCGGAAGCAAAUUUUUCCGAUACGUUGAUUACAUUAUUAUUUGAGAACAAUAUUAUCACCGAGAAUUGCACUUGUUUUAUGCAAUACUUGUAGCUUGUAAUCCCUCUUCACAUUAUCUUUCAACAAUUUCACUUCAUGAUGUAUCUUUUGAACAAAUAAUACGUCCAAACGUGAACUGGCAUUCCUCGUGGCAAUAUUCCACGCAAAUAAAUUUAUUUUAUCUUAAUAAUCUUAGUCUUAGUUUACCUUUGUGUAAAUAUUUGUAACUACGUUUAGUGUUAUCACGGUGAUAAAUAAUGAAAGAUAUUUUAAGAAAGAUUAGUUACAACCCAUUUGAACACAGAGAGUAUUCUCAAUCUAUUAAGUAAGUAUGAAAAUGUUAUUAAUAAUAUGAUCAAAUUGAUUAUACACAAUAUACAUACAUUUUAGGCAAAGUAUGUAAUAAAAUACAUAUCGCUGUACAAUAUGAGCUCAGGUCGUGAGAUAUUUGAGACCCAUUAAAAGGUAUAAUGGCAAUAUGUACGGGUUCCCAUAUAGUAUAUGUUUUUUUUUUCUAGUGUUGAACUGUUGUUCUCUUAAUUUAUUUUUAGUGUGAUAUAGAUAAUAUAAUAUAUGUUACAAAAAAAUAAUUUGAAAUAAAAUGGAUAUGUUCAUAAAAA